ACGUUUCGAACCGUCUCGGAUGCAACGUCCAACGGUCUCGAGGACUGGUGAUUCCGAAUAAACGUGCCGCUGCGCCGUGAAACAUUGCGUGACGCCGCUGCUUCUAUUCCAGCAUAAGCCUCUCUGUGAAUUCCCCUUCCUUCUUUUUCUUUUAAAAAAGACAGACCGUGACUAUGAUCUUGUACUCCGGUCGCUCGAGGACCAGCCGCCGCAGUCGUGUCGUACGAAUCGUACGAUUCGUAUGAAGGUAACAUGCGACCUGAGGUCUCAACGGGAACCGAAAGUCUCUCGGCUCCGGGGAUUUCCGGCAAGCAAUACGGGGAGCUGUUUCCGCGGACCGCAUAAUCGGGUUGAAUAAUGAGAAUCAACGCGACAAAAAUGAGCACUCCGAUCGAGGAGAAGAUUGACCAGAAGUUGAAGGUAAGGACUGGGAUGGUCAGUGUUAGCGAUGGGAAAAGCAAACCAAUACCAAUGCGUUUGCAAUUGUCUAUGGAGGUUUUGAAACUUCAAAGAGAAGAUUUAGAGGCAGUGAAUCACAAUAAGCCACCACUGGAUGCUAAGGAACGAAUGGUGCAAAUUACUAGACAAAAAGUUGGAGGCUUAGGAUUAAGUAUAAAAGGAGGAGCUGAACAUAAACUUCCUGUUCUUAUAUCUAGAAUUUAUAAAGGCCAAGCUGCUGAUCAGUGUGGCCAAUUGUUUGUAGGAGAUGCAAUCAUUAAAGUGAAUGGAGAAUAUAUAACUGCAUGUAAUCACGACGAUGCUGUAAACAUCUUGAGGAAUGCUGGUGAUAUAGUUGUUUUAACAGUGAAACAUUAUCGAGCAGCCAAACCAUUUCUACAAAAAAAUGAAAAAGAAGAGAAACUGGAUAAUGUACCAAAUGGUGGUUCAGAAGAUGAAUGGCUAUCACCCAAUAGACAGAGUGGCAGUCCUAGAUGCGGUCACAGUAGGCAAGGUUCAAACGCAUCUGCCACUUCGAUGCAAUGUAAAAAAUGGGUGGAUGUUAUAACAGUUCCACUGAUGAUGGCGUACGUGACGAGAUACAUUUUUGGAACGGACAAGUUAAGAAGAAACGCAUUCGAAGUAAGAGGACUAAAUGGCGCACGCACCGGUGUGAUACAUUGCGAUGAUAGUGCCAUUCUAAGUCAAUGGUUGAAAUAUAUUACCGAUAAUAUUACCGGCUUAACGCAUUUGCAGAUGAAACUGUAUAAUCGCAAUUUCGGGGUGGGUGAACGUAUAGAGUACAUGGGAUGGGUAAAUGAAGCGGUGAGCAAUAGUAAUCAACCGUGGCAAAGUUAUAGGCCAAGAUUUUUGGCCCUGAAAGGACCCGAUUUAUUGUUAUUUGAAACGCCUCCUUGCAACAUAGGAGAUUGGUCACGAUGUGCAUUGACGUUUAAAGUCUACCAAACGAUGUUUCGUGUGAUGCGAGAAUCUGAAAACGUGGACGAAAGACAACACUGCUUUCUAGCACAAAGUCCGGGUAAACCACCGCGAUAUCUAAGUGUCGAAACUAGACAAGAACUGUUGAGAGUUGAGGCAGCGUGGCACACCGCAGUGUGUUCAGCUGUUACACAUUUGAAAAGUAAAACAUUUCCUGUCACUUGUAACGGAAGAAGCGCGGGAUUAACCUUAGAAUGGACUCAGGGGUUCACGCUUUCUUACGAGGAUAUUGGAGAGGCCAUAUGGCGUUAUAAAUUCUCUCAGUUGAGAGGGUCCAGUGAUGACGGAAAGAGUCGAUUGAAGUUACAUUUUCAGGAACCUGAUAGUAUUGCUAUCGAGACGAAGGAAUUGGAAUGCUCCCAGCUUCAGAAUUUACUGUUCUGCAUGCAUGCAUUUUUGACCGCAAAAGUCGCCGCGGUAGACCCCACCUUUUUAACGUCAACAACUCCAUAAGAUCGAAGUAAGUAUCACCGCCAAUUAUGCAAACGACGGAUCACUGUUCAACAUUUAUAUAAUUAGCUAGACG